AAUAACGUCGAUUAACAGCUAGUUACGUUUAAAAUACAUUUUGAGGUAGCAUUUGUCAGCGUUUAACCUCUAACUUGGUUAUUUCAUUUGAAAACACUUCGCCUUAUGGGGAGGAGGAAGGACGUCGUCAUGUAACCCCUGUCUGCUGAAUGAACUAAACAAUUGUUGCAUUUAAGUGUCUGCGGUUAACUGUUAGGGUUUUUUUGAAGGCUAAAGUCACGAAGAGAUCAAUAAACGCAGCUUCUGGUGUAUUUUUGACGUCAAGCAGUUUUGGCGCGCCAGCAUGUGUGGGAGAACGGCGUGCACGCUGGCGCCGGAAGAGCUCAGUCGCGCUUCUCGGUAUCGGGACCGGAGAGGAGAGCAACGUCGACCCCGGUGGAAGGAUGGAGACUCUGACAAAUACAGACCCUCAUACAACAAGAGUCCUCAGUCCUUCAGCCCUGUCCUGCUGUCCAACAGACACUUCAUCAAGGAUGCCCCUGUAGAUGAGUGUGUAUUGGCAGCUAUGCGCUGGGGCCUUGUCCCGGCUUGGUUCAAAGAAAAUGAUCCCAACAAAAUGCAGUACAGCACCUCUAACUGCCGCAGUGAGAGUCUUCUAGAAAAGAAGUCUUACAAGGAUCCUCUUCUGAAAGGACAGCGCUGCGUUAUUCUAGCUGAUGGCUUUUAUGAAUGGCGACGACAAGAGAAAGAGAAACAGCCCUUUUUCAUUUAUUUCCCACAAAGCCAAGGAGGAAAAGUGCCUAGUCAACAACACAGCACAAAAGAGGAGAAAUCUCAAAGUCUGGAGGUUGAGCAACGUGUGACAUUUGGGCUUAAAAGUGCAUUUGUUCACUCAUUCCGAUCAUCAUUUUUUUUCCUUUGCCUAUUGCAUCUACAGAGUGAUCAAGACAGUGAAUGGACAGGGUGGCGUUUGCUAACAAUGGCCGGACUCUUUGACAGUUGGACUCCUCCUGGUGGUGGAGAGGCUCUCUACACAUACACAGUUAUUACUGUAGAUGCAUCACCAAAUAUUCAAUGCAUCCAUGACAGGAUGCCUGCUGUGCUGGAUGGAGAGGAAGAAGUAAGACGGUGGUUGGACUUUGGAGAGGUGAAGUCACUGGAAGCCAUGAAAUUACUUCAGUCAAAGUCUUGCCUGAGCUUUCAUCCCGUCUCGUCAUUGGUUAACAAUUCCCGCAACAAUUCUCUAGAAUGUUUGCAGCCUGUAGAUCCUACGAUUAAGAAGACCCCUCAACCUUCAGCCAGUAGUAAAAUGAUGAUGAGCUGGCUGAAGACUGCCUCGCCCACCAAGAGGAAGGAUCCUGAUGAAGAUACUGCUGCUAAAGGACCUGAAGGAAAGCUUGAAUCAGAAAAGCAGACCAAGCCAUCUGGGCCUCUCCAGCAAUGGCUGCUGGGUACAGGUUCCACUAAGAAACCAAGGACUUUGUAAUAAAAACAAAAGUAUUUGUGGAUUGUCACAUCCUUUCUUAUAUACAUUGGGCGAGCUUUCUUUUUAUUCAAUUGAAGAUGUUGAAUGAUAAAUGUCAUUACAAAGUAUUCAGUGUGAACACUUCAGAAUACUUUUAAUGUCGUUCCUUUCAUGAUUUUAUACAAUGCAAUAAAUAUUCACAGUUAGUUUUAGUGGCUAGAGCUUGUUCAUUUCAAAGUUUUAGUUGAUAUUGACUUUGCAUGUAUAACAUAAACAU